AUGUCCACCAACCUCGCAGGCGACUUGAGCCUGCCGUCAGCGGAGUGCCAACAAGCUCCCACACCUGCCAUGUUUCGGGACCUCUGCGACCUAGACGCCGGUGCCUUCGACAGCGCCAUAGAUCUCGACUCUCUUGAUUUCGUUGCCGCGUCAUCGUCUGACCACCACCGUCUUCUCGGCUGCAGUUUGCUGACGGGACCGGAGGGUGGGAGUUGCCAACCUUGUCGACAGAACUCGACGACUGGACCGUGGCCCUUGUUGAGCCCGCUGUCGCUGGCGAAUGAGAAUAAUACAGCGAGCUUCACUGAUCCCAACAAGCCCCGCGAUGUCUCUGCGGGGGGAAAGGCGAAGCCCCAGUCCAGUCCGUGCGAGCCCCGGCAAAGCGGGUCGGGGCCCAACAAGCUUCAGCCAGGCGGCACGGGCCAGGGGCGGAAGAACAAGACGACCAAGGCAGGCCAGCGACCGCAUUACGCCGUUGAAAGACGGUACCGCUCGACGCUCAACGAGAGAUACGCGGCACUCACGCGAACCCUCCGGAGCGACACGCUGCAGCGAAUAUGCAAAACGGAGGCCGUGGAUUGGAAUAUCCAUCUGGAGGGAUUGAAGGAGAGGGAUAUGGACGAACAGGCGGCUGGGGCUGCGCGACAGGGGAAGACAGCUACCCUGUCAGCGACCAUUGAAGCGAUCGGGAUUUUGACCAAGUGCUGUCAGAGGGAAGCAGAUGAGCUGGAACGCUUGCGAGUGGGUGUUCGCGAGACAAGAGAGCACGUCAGGCAGAUGGUCGAACAAAGUAAUAAUUGA